AUGCCGCGCGCAACCCUGCCUGUAGCUGCGGCCGCGGACGCGGCGGCCGGCGCUGCUGGCACCUGCCUGCACCAGAACGAAGAGGCGGUGACGACCACGCCUCUCCCAGACCUACCGCAGGUCUGCAACGACGCCGCUCUUCCUGGCCGGAUUCCUCCGCUGCAUCGUCGACUCCUUGAUCUCUGCAGCCCCAGCAUCAGAUAUGUCACUAUGUGUACUUUCAUGAGGUUCACGGGCUUCAAACAGUUAUACUGGCAGAGCGUCAUCCCGCGGGAGGCGCCGCGGGACGUCACCCUGGAAGCCAGCACGGGCGCCUCGCCGCGCAGCUGCGUCCUCUCCGUGGCAACGUCCGACCUGACCUUCACCCUGCACGCCUCGCCGUUCCGCUUCACCGUGUCCCGCCGCUCCAGCGGCGACGUCCUCUUCGACACCUCCGCGGCACUGGUGUUCAAGAACAGGUACCUGGAGCUGACCACGGCGCUGCCAGCGGACCGGGCGUCGCUGUACGGGCUGGGCGAGCACACGAAGCGCACGUUCCGGCUGCAGCGCAACGACACCUUCACGCUCUGGAACACCGACAUCGCCGCCUCCAACGUGGACCUCAACCUCUACGGCUCCCACCCGUUCUACCUCGACGUGCGCCCCGCCGCCGGCGCCGCGCACGGCGUGCUCCUGCUCAACAGCAACGGCAUGGACGUCGAGUACGGCGGCUCGUACCUCACCUACAAGGUCAUCGGCGGCGUGCUCGACUUCUACUUCUUCGCCGGCCCCGCCCCGCUCGACGUCGUCGACCAGUACACCCAGCUCAUCGGCUGCCCGGCUCCCAUGCCGUACUGGUCAUUUGGGUUCCACCAGUGCAGGUACGGGUACAAGAACCUGGCUGACCUGGAGGGCGUGGUGGCCGGGUACGCCAAGGCCAGGAUCCCGCUGGAGGUGAUGUGGACGGACAUCGACUACAUGGACGCGUUCAAGGACUUCACGCUGGAUCUGGUGAACUUCCCGGCUGGCCCCAUGCGGUAG